UUCAUGGUUGUACGGUGGCUCAUCGUUGCUUGAUCGUUAGUUCUGUAUGUGGCUUUACAUAUCUGCCAUUUUGCGACUGGUAAACAUAUCGUUCUCCAAUUUAAAUACGACUAUUUCUGUCAAAUGUUACAUCUUAGUCUCUCCUGCAAGGGUUCGCUCGACGAUCUUGUCGAGCUAACCUUUAUAUUUUGCGCGUAAUAGAAAAAGAAAAGAGAACAGGUUCUGAAUUCUCGAACGAUUUACGCUACCGUGCCAGUUUUUUAUGCGUUGCGGUAUUAAGAAGUGAUUCAUUUAUUGCAUGGUAAUGAAAUUUAUGUCAUAUACAUUUGUGACUACGUUUUGCAUACCAAGAGUUUUUUCAAGGUUUUCUACAUUUUGAGUAAUGUGUCAUCGAACAAUAACAUAUUUCGAACAACGCCUAUCAUUUUCAUUUACUUCUUUUGCUAUUUGUGUAUCUUCUUUCUAAAUCUUUUCUAUUGCAAAUUGAAACGUAAUAUUAUUUAACUUUAACAUUAUUAUUUAUAAAUACGUUGUUUUUGCGUAAUUAAUCGAUGAUGAUGUAUAAAAUGCUGACUUCCUAUUGACAAGACUAUAGAAGAACUAAUAUAUAUUUGCAAAAUAAUAUCCGAGGUUCUUUCUAUUAACUCUCAAGAUGAUGGAAACUGAUCCUCCUCAAUUUUUGUCAAAAGAUGAUGAAAUUCAAUAUUGGAUGGAUCUUGCCCAUCAAAUGCAUCAAAGAAAAGAAGAUGUCGAAAGAGAAUUGGAAGAAUUUCAAGAAAAUUCUCAGAUGUUGGAAAAAGAAUUAGAAACAUCUUUAGAACAAGCUGAAAAAGCAAAUAGAGAAUUAAGACAAAGGAAUACACGUCUUGCAACAGAAGUAGAACAAUUGAGAACAAGAUUAGAUCAACAAACUGCAGAUUGUGCUAUGUUUCAGUCACAAGCACAAGAUUUGCAAUUACAACAUGAACAAUUGAUGAAAUAUAUUAGAGAACUAGAACAGAAAAAUGAUGAUUUAGAAAGAGCACAUAGGGUAAAUAGAGUAACGGAAGAAGAGAUAGAAGCUAAAUUUAACUUGGCAAUAGAAAAGAAUGCUCUACUUGAAUCUGAGCUUGAUGAAAAGGAAGGCUUAAAAGUCAUAGUACAAAGAUUAAUGGAUGAAAUUAGAGAUUUGAAACAAGAAAUUCAAGUACAAGAACGACACCAACCAGAUAAUGAUAAGACAGCAGAUAGAGUUCGUAAUCUUGUAGAUAGUAAUAAACUACAAGUUGAACUAGAAACACACACACCACCUUCCAGUCCAUUAGUUUCACAAUCUAUACCUUCAAAUAACACGACUCCAUCAUUGAAAAUUGGAAAUGGAGUAGUAGGGGGUGUAAUUGGGAACAACAAUAAUAAUAUAAAUCCACCAUUGGCACCAUGUACCAGAAUAUUAGCAAUGAAUAUGAUCGGAGACCUGAUGAGAAAAGUUGGACUUGACAGAUGGGUCUGCAUGGACUGUAGGAGGGUGAAAUGUACUUGUCCAAAUGGAAAAAAAUCAAAUACCAUUCCACCAAAUAAUGCACCAUCGAUUCAAGUUUAUACACCUACACAGUGUAUUAGGCAACAACCUAGACCAGCCAAAUGCAGACAAUCUUCGUGAUACCUCAUCAUUAAAUUAUUUUCCAUCUCCUUAUAAUGCAGGCUUUGGAAAACAAAUUGAAUACAUGUAGAAAUGCAUCACGAGAGGACCAAGCUGUACGUGAUCUUUACAGGUAACAUUUCUAUCAAACUUUCACAUGGAAUUGUGCUGUUCCUUAUUUGUGCUGUUACAUAACCCUCAAAAGUAAAUAUUAUGUACCUGCAAACAUUUUUAUGUAUAAAAUGUAAUAUAUUCAAAUUGAAUAAUUUUGUGGAACUAAUCAAUUGGAAAGGUACAUGAUACUGGCCAAAUAAAAUAAAGUGUACUUAUUGUUAAGUUAAUUCACUGGUUGUGUAUACACUCUCUAGUGCUUCUUAUGAAAUGGUUAUAGACUUGUGUAUAUUUAAAAUUUUGUACUAUCUUAGUGGCAUAGCUUUUCAAUUUCUUUCUUUGAUAUGAAAGAAAUUAGAUAAUACUAUCUCAGUUGCAUAGCUUUCCCUUUUAGUAUUCUGAACAUAUUUUCUAAGACUGUAUAAAAUAUAUAUAUAACAGUCAUAAUAAUUUUCUAAACAAACUUUAUAUUUUUUAUAUUUUUGUUAGUUCCGAAAAAUAUAUUUUCAAUUUCAUUUUCUUGUAGACAAUAUAUUAAUUUUUUAUACUUCUGUUGUUAGAAAGAUGAAGAUAUUAUAUAGACUCUGUUAUAUGAAGAUGUAAAAGCUUAUGUAUCAUUGCAUUUAUGUAUUAUCUCAGAAUAAUUUUAUAUUUCUAAAUUAGAAAAUUAUUUGAAUAUUAAAAUGAUGAUACAUAAUAUUAAAUUCUUCUUUGUGAAAGGAUAUGAAUAACUUCUAAAAUUAGAAUGUCUGUUAAAUAAUUUUAUCAUAUAAUAUUUUUUUUUAUUUCGCACAUUAUAUUUAUUAUUUGUUAAUAUUAAAAUUUUAAUAUAUGUAAAAAUAUAUAUUCAGUACAUAUAUAUUAAUUUUUUUUCACAAAAUUAAUUUACCUUUCACAAAAAAAUUUGCUUUAUUACACGCAUUAAAUGCUUGUUGUAUGCUUACUUUUUUUUAUAUAUGUGGAUAACAUCUUAAAUAUUGAUCCAAAAAUAUCACAUCUGUUUAUUGUAAUGUGAUGUUAAUCAAAAUUCGUUUAUGAAAAAAUUGUGAAAUUUAAUUUUAUAUUAUUUACUUUGUUAAGUUAUUAUAUAGCGUAUUUUUUAGUAAUUUAUAUCUUAUUAUAUGUUAAUAUAGAAUUUAUUAUAAGUAACAGUUGAGCCACUAAUUCAAAGAUAUACUUUUAUUGUGGCACAUCAUUUUAUUUUAAUAUAUCUAUCUGAACUGUUAAUUCUGCAAAUGUAACAAACAUAAGAAUAUAUGUGGCUCAACUAAUAAUCAGAUAUUAAAUCAUCAACCAACAUGUAGUGCAAGUAUGGUUUGUUUAGCAGUUACAAUAUAUCAUUUGCAUGAAUUUUGUUUAAAAAAGAAAAAUGAUUUUUAUUCUAUUUGUCAUAUGCGUGUAAAUAAACAUAUCUAACUACUGCAUAAAUAUAUGUUAUUAAUAUCAUGUAAAA